UCAACUACCAGUGAGAUCAUACGCGCAAACGCACUAAACAGUAUAAACUUUACUUGUGUCUCCGACGGUCUUUCAGCUGUAAUUUUCCAUUGUCAGUAAAGUGGUGUGUUGAUCAUUUCAUUGCGACUACUAGAUCGAUCAGCUAUGGGAGACAAAUCAGCAUCGUCGCCGGCAGUCGCAGCUAACCCUGCAGCUAACAGCCCAGCCGUUCAAGCCGUUCCUGCCAAAAGAGCAGCGGCUUCACCCAAGUCAAAGAAGCCCCGUGCAAAACCGGCGCACCCACGUACUUCCGAGAUGGUGAACGCGGCUAUCGCUAGCUUGAAGGAGCGCGGCGGAUCGUCUCUCCAGGCAAUCAAGAAGUACGUUGCUGUCACGUACAAAAUCGACGCGGAGAAACAGGCUCCUUUCAUCAAGAAGUACCUGAAGACUGCUGUUACUACGGGAGUAUUGUUGCAGACUAAGGGCAAGGGAGCUUCGGGCUCUUUCAAGAUCGCGAACGCGAAGACCGACGCUCCGAAAGCAAAGCCGAAGGUACAGCGCGCCGCUGCAAAGCCAGCUGCACCAAAAAAGGCAGCUGUUGCCAAAAGCCCAAAGAAGUUGACCGCCGCCAAAAAAUUGGUAGCCGCAAAGAAGCCUGCAGCCGCUACGGAGAAACGCAAGGUUGUCAAGAGUCCGGCCGCAAAACCACCGAAAGUAAAGACUCCGUCGAAAGCAAAGAAAGCAGUCAAGGCACCUACCCGCAAACCGAAGGCUCCGAAGCCGAAGAAGGCUGCUCCAGCUCCAAAGGCAGCCAAACCGGCAGCCAAGAAGGCGGCUGCAGCACCAAAGAAGAAGUGAACAGCUACAUUUCGUCACCCAGACCAGCAAUCGUCAGAAAAAUAAUUUAAACGGCCCUUCUCAGGGCCAUCAAUUUAUAUCUAUGCAAAUGAAUUGACAUCGUCGAUGCCCUGAACCAUAUUCCAAUAAUCCCAUAUAGGUAUAUCCCAUGGAAAAAACCUCCAUAAAUUGUAAUUUCCUUCGCAGCAGAGGUAUUUGUACGACCAUAGUGGACGCAUAGAGCGUUGGCUUGAGUAAGAAUUUGCAUUAGGUUUUGCUGUUAGGUAAUAGUAUCUUGCACAGUUGCAGCUGUUUUCCGGGAUAUUAUAAUUAUUUAUUGUUUAGGUCUGAACCAUUGUUGGAAUUAUAGCGGAAUCGUGUUCCGUAUAUCUGCCGGCGAAUGGGAGUUUUAAGUGAGGUGGGCUUCAGUUGCUUGGCAACAUUUCAGUGUUCAGACCCUUGCUAUUAUUAUACAUGAGCCGAGUGCACAAUGCACAAUCCCGGAGUUCCUGAAAGACCCCGUAGGAAAAAUAUCAGCUGCUUGGUUAUCGUUAUUCAAUUCUGACAGCUGCUGUAGCAAAGGUCAAAGGGGUAUGUAUGGUAUGCAUUUGUGUAAAAUCCUGUUCAAUGACGUCGGACGACAUUGUUUUUCGGUAUUUUGAAAAAAUGAAAAUCGAUUUUCUCUCAACUGAACAUUACUGGUAUAACAUUGUUUUUUUUUCAUUCUCCCCUAAAAAACGAGAAAUUGCGCGAAUGUCACGGCUUUGUUAGAAGAGGUUAGAAGGCAGUAUCGAAAUUAUCUUGACGAAAUACAGUUUAAUCUGACAAUUAUUUCGUUCAUCUAUAAGAUGAUGUUUAAGCCAGGGUAUCCAGCGAUAUGAGAAUUCAAAAUUCCCGUAUAUUUGCUGUUAUUUUUUUCAACCGUACAGCGUUUGUGCAUUAUUAUCAUGCGAUCAACAUUGAACACCGUGAUCUUCAACGGUGUAGAACCGAUGAAUUCGGGUGGAGUUAAAAAUGUAGAAAAAUCAGAAAAUAAAAAGGUCACACAUCGAAUUUACAAACACAUGAAAGUGUAUUUCGUAGGAUUUCAAAAUGUAUAAAGCUGAAGUACACAAAAGUCAAAACGAAAGGUAAAGUAUUCUAUGUAUAUCUGGCUGUUUGAUGAUUGCUCCGAUUUUCCGUGAGAAAAAAAUGCAAGGUUUGGUAUUUGGGGUUUUGCGUGUUGCAGCACGUUGACUCAAUGAUAUAAAAUAUAUUAUAGGGGCUACCCUGGUCGAUUUCGACGUUGCCGUAUGUAUCUCCAUCUAUCAAAGUCCAUGUACCUUAAAAGGACUCAACAGCCACAUUCCAUAUGUAUACACAAUUCCGAAUAAAACGUUUCAGAUGUUGAUUUGAUGUAGAAAUACAGAAGUGGUACAGAUUCUACAAUAUUGCAAUAGUAAAUUCGUUGAAUUCAUGCUGCCUCUUAAUAGCGGCAUGAAGUGAAAAUGUAUCGAAG